UGGCCUUAAUACAUGUCUAACAGACAUUGUCGUCAUACAAUUGGUUCUACUCUCACCAAGCUGGGUGUGCAUAUCUCACGCUUGUCUUGUGUGUGUACUGUGUAUGAUAAUGGAUAUCAGCAGAUACACAUAUAUAAAGGGAUGCUUGUCAUACGUUCCAACGUUUUAUCUACUAAAGAUUGCAAUGGUCAGAUUUUGAAGCUGAAUCAAGAAAGACGAGAAAAGAUAAUGAACACAACUAGCUGCCGUCUUCUCAAUAUUGGGAAGAUCUUGAGUUCCUAUCCAGCACAACAAUGUGUCAAUGGCUCUUCCAGUCACAAUUUAUGCACAUUAAGUGUAAGCCCCAGUGUUUCCAUCUUUGACCAGAAAGUUAGCAUCAGGAUCCAUGGUCUUCCUAGCCAUGGCAUGGCUACACUGCAAGCUUGGAUGCAUUUCAAAUGGCGUGGCAAAGAUAUACUCUUUGUGUCAUAUGGGCGAUACUAUGCUGACUCCAAUGGAGAGAUAGAUUUGGACAGACAUCCUUCACUGAGUGGAACUUAUACAGGUGUGGAUUCCAUGGGUCUGUUUUGGAGUAUGGGUUCUUUGCCUGGUCAUCCAAAGGAUGUUUGCAUGGCUGUUCCAAACGUUCAAGUACCCAUUCUCAUAAACCUGGCUCUGUUCUCUGGCCACAUUACGGUGGAUGAAUCCAGCAUUGCCAUGAAGACAAUCACACCUUUGUGUACUUGUACCAUCACACGUCUAUGCAAAGCACCAGACGUAAAGAGGAUUGAAAUCAAGGAGGGAAAUAUUAGAGGCGCUCUGUUAUUGCCACCAGGUAAUGGUCCAUUUCCGGGUGUGAUUGACAUGUAUGGAGGAGCAGGUGGCCUUCGUGAUGCGCGAGCUGGGUUGUUGGCAACAAGAGGCUUUGCAACACUGGCCUUAGCUUAUUUCAAGUAUCAGGAUCUUCCAGAAGACAUCACUGACAUUCGACUGGAAUACUUUCAGCUGCCAGAUGGUUGAGCUCUCACCCAGCAGUAAUUCCUGGUGGCAUUGGUGUGAUUGCACUUUCCUACGGUGGCAUACUUGCACUGUGUAUGGCAUGCCUGUGUCCACAGGUAAAAGCAGUUGUGAAUAUUAAUGGACCUCCCCUAGCCAUGUUUGAUUUAUGGCAUCAAGGGAAAUUAUUUCUGAAAAGAAAAUUCCCAAGCCUCAUUAAAUGUGAUGAAAUGGACUAUGUCUUCAGAGGUCCACUUGAAUACACAAGAGACAAUUUCAUACCAGUGUGGAAGAGCGAGGCCCACAUCCUGUGUCUGUGUGGUGAUGAUGAUUCACACUCGCAGAGUCAGUGGUUACUAGAUCUCAAGGACUGCUACCCUGAGGACAAACAACACAAGAUAAAUGUAGUUGUGUACCCUGGUACAGGCCAUCUGCUGGAGCCACCUUACACACCCACUGCCUGUAUUGCUUUAGCAUUGCAAUGAAUCAAAAUGGUUUAUGGGGAGGAAGUCCAGUCCCUCAUGCAACUGCACAGUUGGAUGGCAAAGAGCUCUUUUGUUCCUGAAAACCAUCCUGACACAGGAAACAAAGAGCAUUAAGUGUUCAACUGGGGAAAAGACUUCCACGUAAAGAGAGAAAUGAGAAAGUGUCUAACCCCUAGACACAUUAGUUAGUCUACUCAAGAAUAACAAAAGAAAACUGUAACCGUAGUCCCCAUCUUAAAAUAACAAAACAGGGUUUGGGGUAAAUUGAAUGCCCAAUUCUUGUAAAUAUAGUGCUCAAAUGGUAUAACACUCAGCAGAAAUAUCAAUGUUUAGUGCUUUUAUGAAAUAAUCCUGGAUGCAAUAUGAAAUUACGUAUCAUUCUGAAGAAAAAAGUAAACCAAGGCACUUUA